GCCUGGGCUCCCUGUAAGCUCCUCGGCAUAUGAUGCUACUGGAUCUCAUGUACAUCUUUACAGGCUGCAACGUGGUUUUACAAAUGCAGUCAUUCAGGAUAUCAGUUUCAGUGAUGACAGCAACUGGAUAAUGAUUAGUUCUUCUAGGGGGACAAGCCACUUGUUUGCCAUAAAUCCUCUAGGAGGACCAGUAAAUAUUCUUGCUGACUCUAGUCUCACUACCAAAAAUAGUGGAUCAGGUGCUAUGACCAGGUCAGCAGUUCGUUGGCCACCAACUCGGCAGAGCCUUUGUGCAGCUGGCCCCCCAGUUACUCUUUCUGUUGUUAGCAGAAUAAGAAAUGGUAACAAUGGUUGGAGAGGAACCGUGAGUGGGGCUGCAGCAGCUGCAACAGGCAGGGUGAAUUCGCUUUCCGGGGCUGUUGCUUCAUCUUUCCACAAUUGCAAAGGCAAUGCUUUGCGUCCAGACUGCAGCUCUUUGAAGACUAAGAACCACCUUUUGGUGUUUUCUCCCUCAGGUUCCAUGAUACAAUAUGCACUGCGGAUGCCAACUGGGCUAGAUUUGACAACAGCUGUGUCUGGAUUGAACACUGCCUAUGAAUCUGGUCAAGAGUGUGAUGCAAGAUUAGUAGUUGAGGCUAUCCAGAAGUGGAAUAUAUGCCAGAAACAAAACAGAAGGGAGAGAGAAGAUAAUAUUGACAUAUAUGGCGACAGUGGAAAUUCAGACAGCAAUAAAAUAUAUCCUGAAGGAAUUAAGAAGGGAAAUACUGUCUUUCCUGAAACUAGGGGUUUAACACCAAAAACAAAGAUGAGCUCUGAGGAAAAAAAUCAUCUGUAUAUUUCAGAAGCUGAAUUGCAGAUGCAUCAAGCUCAUAGUCCAUUGUGGGUAAAACCCGAGAUAUACUUUCAGUCUAUGACAAUGGAGGGCGUCAACAUGGGUGAAGGAAAUGCUUCAGGAGGGGAAGUUGAGGUUGAAAGAAUUCCAACUCUGACGAUUGAAGCUAGGUCGAAAGACUUGGUCCCAAUUUUUGACUAUAUUCAUGCACCCAAGUUCCAAAGGACAAGGGCUCCUGCUUUAGAUAGCAAUGUUAAUGGGCAACUGCUGCAUCAGAGUUCUGGAUUAUCUGAGAAUGACAGGGUCUCAUGUAGAAGGAACUCUGGUUCUCUUGACUCGUUGACUGGUAGUGUUGCUCCAAUGACAGAACUUCACAAUGGCAUUGAAGAAACUGGGUGGGGUGGUCUGCAGAUGCCAAUAGAAACCAAGGGCUUUGUAAAUAACAGUGACAGCCCAAAGACACAGGCUCGGCUUGAGGUUGUAAAUAAUAGAGAGAGCUUGACAAUGGAGGCUCAACUCAAGUUUGUAAAUAAUAACAUAGAAGGUCUGAAAAUGGAGAAUCAUUUUGAAGAUGAAGGUGAUGAAUUCGACUAAAGGUGUGCAGAUAUUCUUUUAUUCUCCUUGGAGAUUUAUUAACUGUGUUAAUACUGAUGGAGGGAUUGUAGAGAAAGCAAGACAAGCCAUGAGAGGUUUGAAGGUGACGCGAAAAUUGUUGAUACUAUGUUGUUGGGUUUCAUCUUCUGUGACUUUGUAAAUAAAUGACAAUAUAUGUUUCAAAUAAUCAGAUAAAUAUGUAAAUAAUAGUACCAAAGUUUUAACUCUUUCUCUCUUCUUAAUAUGUUAAUUUAAAUUUGUUCUGUUACCUUUCGUUGUGUUUAAUGCUAGUUAAGUUCAAUGAAAGUUGCUCUUGUUGAGGGGUUUAGUUGUUUAUUCUGUCAUUCUUUUCUUGGCUUGUAGUCUUCCCUCAGUUUUAAUUCUAUUUUCCCUUUAGGUGUUCUAGUUUUUCAGCCAUUUUUGAAAGUUGAUUCGCUUUCUUUUGAGGAGCUUUUGCCUAUGUAAAUAAUGGUUUAAACACUUGUUUUCUGAGUGGUGUUUUUGGCCUUUUUAUGUCUGUUUAGCUGGGUUUCUGUCUGAGAUAAAUUCGUUUUUAUAUGUAGAGAGAUUUCAAUUAUAUUAAUCUUUAAUGAUUUGAUCAAGUUACAUAGUGCUAAUUUAAGGUUAGUUUUUAAUGGCAAGUCCUGGUAACAAUAUCUGAUUAUUUUUGUUAUUGUUGUUUGUAAAUUUUCUUUGUAACUUAUUUUAUUGUGGCUUCUUACAGAGCAACGAUAUUUUUCUAUUUAAAUUACAACAAAUUAAUUGAUAUUUAUAAACUCCUUCCAACUUAUAAAUUAUAAUGAUUCAUUGGCAAUCACAAUCAGCAUUUCAUGUCAUCUUCAAGAACCGCCAGUGUAUUUGUUCACCAAUUAAAAAACAGCUAGUAUAUGCCCUCGUGAACCUUCAGCCUCUGCCAACACCCCAAGUUGCUUUGCCUUGAAUCUUUUUCAGAGACUUUGAAGACCAAUCUACUUCGCUAGUGUAUGAAACGGUUGAGCAGAUUGAAAAAAAAAAAAAAAAAAAAAGGGAAAAACACUGCAGAUUCAAUGAUUCUUUGAAGUCUUCAGGCAUGCUGCAGUAAUUUAAAUCCAUUCAAAGAAAACCCAAAUUAAUAAAUUAAAAUACAAUCAGAAUCAAAGAAUCAGGCUAGUAUUAGGGUACGGCAUAUUGAACUGCUUGAGAGUGUAACUUUUAUUUGGGGGUUUAGGUAGCAUUGCAAAAAAGGAGUCUUUGGGGGGGGCAUGUGGUCUGAAUUAGUGCUGCAUAGAUGACUUAGUAUUGUUAUCAUCCCAAUACAAUCCACUACACCAUUUUCAUUCUCCUCAUAUUUCCAUGAUAAUAUAUGCAUUUUGAACUGUUAGAGCUAGCUUCCAAAGGAGAUAAACUCUAGAUAACAUCAAUCUUCUCUAGGCUUGGAAAUGACUUAUGUUCUAUCCUGGAAAUCGGAGUCCUUGUACUUCCCAGUAUCUGUAGUUUGGGAACAAGAAUGGGAUCUAGUACACUAGAAGCUGGAGUGGAGAUGAUUCAGUUGAAACAUAACAGACCCUCUACAGACUUUUACAACACCUUACCUUUUGAUUAUUUCUUUGAUUUCGGAUGGUGAAGAUAAAAUCACCAUAAUUUAGAAGCGAUAUAUUUCAUUCUGUCACACCUUUGGACUUCAAAUGAUUUUAGCCAAGUUGGCCAGCUAAUUCUGAAAUGCUUUUGAAACAUGUUAAGUCGGAGAAGAAUUUCCAGUAGAUGUGGUAGCAAGCCACAGGUCGGGACAGUGCAUACUCUUUCCCAUUGGAAUCUGAUAUGUUGCAACUUGUGAUAGUAAGCAAUUUUGGACCAACAAUACCCCGAAGAUUGUUCAUGGCUAAUUCUUCAAGCAUCUUGUUCAGUCCCUCACAAUUGUUCAUGUAUGUACUAGAGAACUUGUAUUGCUAAACAACCAUUCUCUUGAAAGAUUAAGACCAGUUAUACUCACCUUUCUUUCUUCAUGUCGAAUUGGUAAGGUAGGUUCACGUCAUUAUCGUCAUCACUCAAAUAAUAUUAAGUUUUUCUCUCUAAGUGAAUGCAUAUAAGUUUACUUAAUAUUAUGUGGCUAACCCACAUAGAUAAGUUUACUUGGAAAGAAAAAAAAAGAAAAAAGAAAAAAAGAAAAUCACUCAAAUAAUAUUAAGUUUUAUUUUUCAAUGUUAAAAUUUUUCUUAAUUAUUUUAAUAUUAUUAUGAAUGAUAAUUAAAACUCAAUUUAAUACGUAUAAAAUAUAUAUAUAUAUAUAUAUAAUUAAUAAUAAUAAAAUAAUUAAACAUAUUACAAAAAUUUAUUAAAUUUAUACUAUUAUAUUAUCACAAACAUAUUAAAUAUAUCAUUUUAUCAAAUAUUAUAUACUUACAUAAUAGAAAUCUUUUUAGUAUUUUACUAGCUGAAGUUGGCCAAAAAUCUACCCUCGUUUCAUAAUGAUUGAUCUCUGUAUUGUCUUUAAGCAUGUAACCAAAAAUAUUGUGGCCUUUCAUUUUUGUGAUCAGAAGAUCAUCAUGGUUUUGUCAUGCAAAUAUUAAUUGGAAGUAUGCAGACCUGUUUAAGGAAAAAGAAAAUGGACAGGAAUUUUAUGGUACUGUUAUUUAUUAUUUUUUAUUCUACACGAUUUUUUUACUGGAAGUGUCAAAUUAAUAUACACAGAAGUGUAUAACAAUCAAAAACUUAAUGUGUAAAUUGCAGUACGUAUAAACUAACAAAAGGUUGACUAGGAAUUUCCGAAGUGUCCCACACAGUCUAUGCAUGAGAACAAGAGCCCAAGUGCACGUUUAUAUAAUAAAAAAUCAGACGGUAGAGAAAGCAUACCUUUCUCGGCCUUUUGGCUAAGAUCAAGUGUAGUAUCUGUUCUUGUCAGUUUAAUAUCUGAUACGUGGGCCAAUGGUCCACACGAUAUUAAAUUAAUUUUUUAUUGGGGAGGGCCUAAUACGGUAGCUUGCUACUGUGGGCCUUCAAGAGUCGCCCAAGCCUUGCACUGCAGCUCGGGCCUGGCUCACCCUGACAAAA